AUGAAGGAAUCCCUGCGCUAUGAUCAACGCCCUUCUGGGACCACUGAGGCCUGGAUUCUCGGCAGUGGAACUGCAUCCCUGGCAGCUGCGGUGUAUUUGAUAAAGCACGCUAAGCUACACCCGUCAAACGUACAUAUCCUUGAUGACCACGUUUCCUUAGAGCAAUCAAUACAUCGCGAAGGAAGUUCCUCAACGGGAUACGAUCAAUUUGCAGGAUGUAUCCCGGUUCCUGUUGGCCCGGGCUUGCAAGAGCUUCUCUCCAUGAUCCCAUCUGCGACGUCGGAAGGGCGAUCUUUUUUGGAUGAUAUACAUGAAAAGGCACAGAACCGACUCGCCCUCAACAGCAAACAAGGCACUUGCUUCGUCACUCAAAGAGACGGGUGCUUCAAGCACAUGCCUACCAAAAGGCUAAAUUUGGGCUUGAAGAACAAAUUGAGCUUAAUACGGCUCCUGAUCAAGAAAGAAAGCAACUUACAAGGAAAGCAAAUUCGUGAAUUCUUUAAUGACAAGUUCUUCGGAAGUAGUUUCUGGGAGACCUGGUCAAUACAAUUUGGGUUCCAGCCCUGGCACAGUGCCAUGGAGUUCACACGUUCUAUCAGGCAGUAUCUAUCAGACUUCAAGAGUCUAAGUAUACUGACCUGUCUGGAUAUCACUGGGUACUACCAAUACGAAUCAAUACAUCUACCAAUCUACUUCUUUCUUCAGGGCCAGGGUGUCGAUUACCAGUUUGGCACCAAAGUGACGGAUAUAGAAACAUCGGUGACUCAAAACCAACGAGCCAUUACUUGCAUAUCCGUCUCACAAGGUGGAAUGGAGAUGAAACAUACCUUGGGUCCUGAUGACAUCGUUAUUGCUACAUUGGGAUCAACUGUCUCAGGAUCAGCAAUCGGAUCGAAUAAUCUCCCACCAGCUUGGCGUUCAGUACAACCAAGCGAUCACCUCGAUGAAAAUUGGUCACUGUGGCUGGAAGUUGGAAACAAAUAUCCUGAUCUAGGUAAUCCGUACACAUUCUGUACACGCAAGUCGGAGUCCAUGUUGGAGUCCUUUACGAUCACAACCGAAAAUAUCGAAUUUUUUGACUAUCUCAACGCCUUUUCACAAUGCAAGUCUCAAGCGGGUGCAAUCAUUCUAAUGAAGACAAGUAGCUGGGGACUGAAUCUCUGUACUCCUGCCCAGCCAGUAUUCUCUCAUCAACCGUCAAAUGUCCGCGUUCUCUGGGGCUUUGGGCGCUUUCCUGAUACGAAAGGAGACUAUGUCAAACAGCCAAUGCUUUACUGCUCCGGAGCACAGCUCAUGGCCGAGAUCUUAUAUCAUCUGGAGCUUCCUGAUGGUAUGGCCACGGAAGUUCUGCAGCAUUCUAUCACCAUUCCAAGAACGAUGCCACGGAUGAGCUCAAUCUUGCUGACCAGAGACCUGAAUGAUCGCCCGCGUAUCAUUCCACGGACAAUUUCUAAUUUGGGUCUUGUUGGACCUUUUGUGGAGAUCCCGGAGCGGACUUGUGUGGAGACAAGCUACAGCGUGGACGCCGCGCGAAUAGCUGUAUCGCAUCUCAUGGGCCUUCAAUGGGCCGGAGAAAUUCCUGGCCCGUCAAUCUCCAGACUUUGGACUACUUUACUAUGGAGGUGA